AUGAAUAUCCAAUUACUAAUUUUCUCUAUUUUUAUUCCAAUUGUAACAAGUUCUACUCUACCAUCAUCUGAAUUAAAUAUUAAAUAUGGUGGUCUAGCACUGAAUGCUUUAGGACGUCUUUUAAAUUUUUUCGAAUCAGAUGCCAAAGAUUUAAAUCUUGAUGGUGUAUAUGGCCUACGCAUAGCACAAGGACAAUUAAAUAGUCUUGAUGAAAUUUUAACUGCAUCAUCCCACGAAAACCAGCGUUUUACAGAUAAAAAUCACUAUAUACAAAACUUAUCGAUACAAAUUGAACGUAUAGCAAACCGAAGUUUAAUUGCAUUGGCUGAUACGGCAUCCUCAUAUUUAGAACGAUUUCGUCUGGUUGCAUCGAAACCAUUUCAAGCUGAUUAUGACUUGCGAAAAAUAAAGAAAAAAUUCUUUGAAAAGGGUUCAAGAACUGCGAAGUUUGAUGAAGAUGAAUCUGAUGGCUGUUUUGCUGAACUACUUGGUUCAACUGAUCGUCCGAAUGCAACAAAAUGUUUCAUUUCUCAGCCAUGCUGGAGUAUGAUGACAACAUCGAUGACUAAAGAUUAUCGUUUAACACAUCAAUUAUUAUGGUUUUUAGUUGCAAAAAGCAUUGGUUGUAUUGAUAAUCGAGCAGUAUCAGAUGUUUCAAAUAAAAAUUUAAAAUAUUUAGAAGAUCAAUAUUGUUCGAAUAUUUAUCUAGAUGCUCAAUUAAAUAUCGAAGAAAAUAGAAAUCAAGAUUUAUUUCUUGAACAAUUACUAUUAUGUUCAAUUAUUGGUUAUGAAGACUUUUUACGUUUCGAUUGGUUUGAUGCGAUACUUUCAUGGCAAGAACCACAGUAUGGAUGUUUUAGCAGUGCAUCGGAAACAGCGGAACCAAAUUUAAAAAUUAAAAGGCAUCUUCUAAUCGAACAAGAAAUGCAUCACGGAUGUUUAUCACAUAAAAGUGGUCUUGCAGCUGGAUUAUUAGCAACAUAUGCUAGAGCUUUUUUACAAUAA